GCCAAGACCUUCCCAGGCAGACAAAUCUGCCUCUUCCUCCCCAGCCAGUGUCCCAGCCCAGAGCUGUCUUCUGAGGAACAGGGGCUGUCCUGGGCGCCCGCUGCCCUCAGGCCUCAGGAGAACAAGCAGACUGCGUGGUCUGGGAGUCUCCCUGGAGCAGAUUCUGUGGCCACAGGCUCCUGCAGAGCGUGAAGGAGACCUCAGUUAUUUCUCCGGCCUGUUCAGCCAAAACCAUCUUUUGUGGCCACCUCCUUGGGAGGCUCAGGGCUCCCACCCACCGAGGAAGAGCCAUGAAGAAGCGGUCCAUGCUGCUGGCCCUGGUGGCCGUGGUCCUAAUGCUCCUUAUCAUUGGCCUCUGCGUCUGGCUGCCUGAGACCUUCAAGCCCCACAGCCAUGUGUACCCCAGAGCUGCCGUGGCCGCGGAUGCCAAGCGCUGUUCAGAGAUCGGGAGGGAUGCAUUGCUGGACGGCGGCUCAGCGGUGGAUGCUGCCAUCGCAGCCCUGCUGUGCGUGGGGCUCAUGAACGCACACAGCAUGGGCAUCGGGGGUGGCCUGUUUCUCACCAUCUACAACAGCACCACACGAAAGGCUGAGGUCAUCAAUGCUCGAGAGGUGGCCCCUCAGCUGGCCUCUGCCGGCAUGUUCAACAGCUCAGAGCAGUCAGAGGAAGGUGGGCUGUCGGUGGCGGUUCCAGGCGAGAUCCGCGGCUAUGAGCUGGCACACCAGCGGCACGGGCGGCUGCCCUGGGCUCGCCUCUUCCAGCCCAGCAUCCAGCUGGCCCGCCAGGGCUUCCCUGUGGGGAAGAGCUUGGCGGGAGCCCUGCAGAGAAGCCAGGCUGCUAUCCAGCGGCACCCUGAGCUGUGCGAGGUGUUCUGCCGGGAUGGGAAGGUGCUGCGGGAGGGGGACCGAGUGACCAUGCCUCGGCUGGCCGACACCUACGAGACGCUGGCCUUGGAGGGCGCUCAGGCUUUCUACAACGGGAGCCUCACGGCCCAGAUUGUCAAGGACAUCCAGGAGGCCGGGGGCAUCGUGACGGCCGAGGACCUGAACAACUACCGCGCAAGGCUGAUCGAGCACCCACUCAGCAUCAGCCUCGGGGACGCCCAGCUCUAUGUGCCCAGUGCCCCGCUCAGCGGGCCAGUGCUGGCCCUCAUCCUCAACAUCCUCAAAGGGUACAACUUCUCCCGGGAGAGCGUGGAGACACCUGAGCAGAAGGGCCUGACCUACCACCGCAUAGUGGAGGCCUUCCGGUUUGCCUACGCCAAGAGGACCCUGCUUGGGGACCCCAAGUUUGUCAAUAUGACUGAGGUGGUCCGCAACAUGAGCUCCGAGUUCUUCGCUGCCCAGCUCCGGGCCCGGAUCUCCGAUGACACCACUCACCCGGCCUCUUACUAUGAGCCUGAGUUCUACACGCCGGAUGACGGGGGCACCGCCCACCUGUCCGUGGUCUCAGAGGAUGGCAGUGCUGUGUCGGCCACCAGCACCAUCAACCUCUACUUCGGUUCCAAGGUGCUGUCACGGGCCAAUGGGAUCCUGUUUAACGAUGAGAUGGAUGACUUCAGCUCCCCCAACAUCAUCAACCAGUUCGGGGUGCCCCCCUCACCGGCCAACUUCAUCACACCAGGGAAACAGCCGCUCUCGUCCAUGUGCCCGGCGAUCAUCGUGGGUCAGGAUGGCCAGGUCCGCAUGGUGGUGGGUGCCUCCGGGGGCACGCAGAUCACCACGUCCACUGCACUGGUAUGUGCCACCUGCCUGUGCCCCCAGCCCCUUGCCCGCUGGGCUACACUGACCCCAUCCCCUCAUCCGCAGGCCAUCAUCCACAGCCUGUGGUUCGGCUACGAUGUGAAGCAGGCGGUGGAGGAGCCCCGGCUGCACAACCAGCUUUUGCCCAACACCACGACGCUGGAGAAAGACAUUGACCAGGCAGUGGCUGCAGCCCUGAAGACCCGGCACCACCACACCGAGGUCACUUCUACCUUCAUUGCUGUGGUACAGGCCAUUGUCCGCACAGCUGGCGGCUGGGCGGCUGCCUCAGACUCCAGGAAAGGCGGGGAGCCUGCGGGCUACUGAGUACUCAGGCAGGCAAGGUGGACCAGCAGCCCAGGGAUGAGAUGUCCGCUGGGGGUGGGGGGCUGGGAGUGGGACUUCGGGGGACAUGCUUCCCCUGUGAGCGGCAAAGCAGUGCAAUAAAUGGGGGCUGCAGUGCCAGGCUCUGGGCGGUCUUGCCGGCCAGCUCCCAAUUCCCUGGG